AUGUUCAGGCGGAUUCUGCAGCGGACUCCAGGCAGAGGUGGGUCUCAGAGCUCGGAUUCGGAUUCAUCUGCCACACCUGGAAAUGUCGUUGAUGUGAACAAUGAAGGCUCCUCUGAGGGCUUCAUCUGUCCACUAUGUAUGAAAGUGUGUGUAACUCCCACUGAUCUGUCUGAACAUUACAAGAGUGAGCACACUGGGAUAGAAGGAAGACAGGAGCUUCGUGACCUCCCAGCUAUUAGUGGCUUUAUUUGUCCUCUUUGUAUGAAGUCUCAUGGAUCAGCUGAGGAGCUAUUCAAACACUAUGAAGCAGUUCAUAAUUCUGGCAUUGAUUCAACUCGUGGAGGGGAAGGUCAUCUGUCACCGGAAAGAGAUGAAGUAUCACUGCUCCGACAAGAAGUCCAAGACUUGCAAGCUUCACUGAAGGAGGAGAGGUGGUAUUCAGAAGAGCUGAAGAAAGAACUAGAGAAAUUGCAGGGGCAGCGGCAGCAAGAUUCUAAGUCUGAUGGAUUGACAACAGCUACAUCUACAGAAUCAUUAGAACGGCAACUAGAAGAGAUCCAAGUAGAAAAUUUUAACAUUAAGCAAAUGAAAGACUUAUUUGAGCAAAAAGCAGCGCAACUGGCCACUGAAAUUGUGGAUCUUAAAUCAAAGUAUGAUGAAGAAAUCAGCCUUCGGGAAGGUGCAGAACAGAAAGUGACAAACCUGAGACAAGAACUGCAAAAAGAGAGAAGUACAGUGGAAGACUUAAAGACAGAGCUGCUUCAAAGGCCUGGUGUGGAAGAUGUGGCUGUUCUGAAAAAGGAGCUGGUCCAAGUUCAGACACUGAUGGAUAGAAUGACUCUGGAACGUGAAAGAGAAUCUGAAAAACUGAAAGAUGAGUGCAAGCACUUGCAGGCAGAGCAGGCUAACUCUGAGGCUACCAUUAAUCAGCUAAGAGCUGAACUUGCCAAAGGACCUCAAGAGGUGGCUGUGUAUGUUCAGGAGCUGCAAAAACUUCAAAGUUCAGUCAAAGAGCUAGAACAGAAAAACCAGAGUCUGACUGAGAAGCUGCUGAAGAAAGAACAGGACUACACCCAGCUAGAAGAAAAACACAAUGAAGUAUCUAUGAGUAACAAGAACGUGCAGGCAAGUUUUCACCAGAAGGACCUGGACUGCCAACAGCUUCAGGCAAAGCUGUCUGCAUCUGAAGCCUCGGUACAGAGAUUACAGACAGAGCUAGGUGAGAAGGGGGAAGCAAGCCAAAAACUUAAAGAAGAGUUAUCUGAAGUAGAGACAAAGUAUCAGCAUCUCAAGGCGGAAUGUAAACAGCUCCAGCAGCAGAGGGAGGAAAAAGAGCAGCACGGCCUGCAACUCCAAAGUGAGCUCAGUCAGUUGCACAGUAAACUUCUGGAAACAGAGCGCCAGUUAGGGGAAGCACAUGGGCGGCUCAAGGAGCAGAGGCAGCUGUCGAGUGAGAAACUGAUGGAUAAAGAGCAGCAGGUGGCUGAUCUACAGUUAAAACUUUCUCGUGCUGAAGAACAGCUAAAGGAAAAAGCAGCAAAUUCCACAGAAUUGCAACAUCAGUUAGAUAAGGCAAAACAACAGCACCAGGAACAGCAGACGGUUCAGCAAAAUACAACAGCAAAACUACGAGAAGCCCAGAAUGAUCUGGAGCAAGUACUACGACAAAUUGGAGAUAAGGACCAAAAAAUUCAAAAUCUUGAGGCUUUGCUUCAAAAAAGCAAGGAAAAUAUCUCUCUACUAGAAAAGGAAAGAGAGGACUUAUAUGCAAAAAUUCAAGCUGGUGAAGGAGAAACUGCUGUUCUUAACCAGCUACAAGAGAAAAACCAUGCAUUGCAAAUACAGGUAACUCAUCUGACAGAGAAGCUGAAGAAUCAAUCGGAAAGUCAUAAACAAGCCCAAGAGAAUUUGCAUGAACAAGUGCAGGAACAAAAGGCACAUUUAAGAGCUGCUCAAGAUCGUGUGCUUUCCCUAGAAACAAACAUCACUGAACUAACCAGUCAGCUAAAUGAAAGUAAAGAGAAAGUGUCACAACUCGAUGUGCAGGUAAAAGCAAAGACUGAAUUGCUACUUUCAGCAGAAGCAUCAAAAGCUGCUCAAAGAGCGGAUCUUCAGAACCAUCUGGACACAGCUCAGCAUGCACUACAAGAUAAGCAACAGGAGUUAAAUAAGGUCAGCGUUCAGUUGGAUCAGGUUACAGCUAAGCUGAAUGACAAGCAGGAAUACUGUACUCAGCUGGAAGCCAAUCUUAAAGACUACAAAGAAAAAUGCCUUUAUUUAGAACAGAAAACUGAAGAGCUAGAGGGACAGCUUAAGAAACUUGAAGCUGACAUUCUUGAUGCUAAAGCAAGUAAAGAACAAGCUCUUCAGGAGUUACAGCAACAGCGACAGCAAUCUACGGAAUUAGACCUCCGAACAGCAGAACUGAGUAAACAACUUGAAUCGGCAAGAGAAGCAAUGUCUAAUGCUAAAUUGGAUUUGCAGAAGAAAUCUGAGGCCCUUGACCAAGCAAACCAGCAAAUUUCAAAGCAGGAGGAGGAGAAGGCCAGUCUCAAAGAAAACCUUGAGAAAUCAAAUCAAGAUACAAGUAAACAGCUUAAGGAGUUAGACUGUAAACUGCAAGCAGCCACAUCAGAGCUGCAACAAGUGAAAUUAGAGAAGGAUACUCUGUUAAAGGACCUUACAGAUACCAAAGAUAAGCUCUCAAAAAGUUCUGAAUCCUUCAAGAAAAGAAAGGAGGAAUUAGAAAAAGAAAUUAAAAAAGGAAAAGUAGCUAUGGCAGAAAUGGAAAAAUCUUGCCAAGAAUUAAAACACCAGCUCCAGACACAAACAGAGUCUGUAGCUAAAGAGAGGAAUGAAUUGAAAAACUCGCUGGAAAAAAAGGAGGGGAUUUCUAAGCAGUUGUCAAUAGACCUUGAUUCAGCACGAGCACAACUACUGGAAAUCCAGGGUCUUCUGAAGGACAAAGAAAAAAGUGAGCAACAUCUUCAGGGAAAGCUGAGAGAGUUAAAGGAAUCUUUUGAGCAGAAGAAAAAACAUAGUGAGACAUUGCAAGCUGAAUUAAAAACUGCCCUUUUAGAAAAGGCAGAACUGGAGAAUAAACUGCAACAGCAGUCUAUUUUGUCAGCACAGGAGCUUAAAGCAGAGAAAGGCAAGCUAGCAGACUUACAGAAGGCCCAUGAUAAACAUAAAGAAAACAUGGAGAAGCUGCAGUUGGAUCUUUAUGGGAAAGAGUCUGAGCUGCUGGCUACCAGACAAGACCUUAAGUCCACAGAAGAAAAACUUGCUCUAGCUCAAGAAGAAUUAGUUUCCAGCAGAAAUCGAAUUGCUAGCAGUAAUCAGCAGAUUCAGGAACUGAAGAAAGCAAAGUCUGCACUGGAGCAGGAUGCAUCAAAGAAGGAGCAGCAGCUGGGUGAGAAGACCAAAAUGUUGCAGGAUCUUCAGAAUGACAGGACUUUGAAAGAAAAAGACUUGGCUAAUGAAAAAUGUAAAACAACAGAGCUCCAGGAAAUAAGGAGUAGACUUGAGAAAGAAAUUGCCAAGCUGGGUGAAGAGCUUAGAGCCUGCAAGCAAGAAUUUCAGAAGGAAGUGACAAACCUCAAGGAUGCAAACCAGCUAUUGAUUCAACAGAAAUUAGAACUUCAGGGCAAAAUAGAUAGUAUGAAUUCAACUUUGGAACAGGAGAAAAAAAACCAACAAACUGUUAAAGAUCAGCUGAAAAAGAGAGAAGAGGAGCUAAAGAAAGAAUGUGCUGAAAUGGAAGCCAAACUGCACACAGAGAAAAAAGACAAAGAAGAAGAAAAACGGAAACAUGAGGAAAAGGAGACCAAGCUUACCAUGCAGGUCACAGCCCUGAAUGAAAACCUGGCUACCAUGAAGAAAGAGUGGCAAAGCAGUCAGAGGCGAGUGAGCGAGCUGGAGAAACAGACGGACGAUUUACGUGGGGACAUUGCUGUCUUGGAAGCAACAGUGCAGAAUAAUCAGGAUGAGAGAAGAGCAUUGCUGGAGAGGUGUAUAAAAAGUGAGGGAGAAAUUGAAAAGCUUCAAGCCAAACUCGUAGAAAUGAAGAAAAAGCUGGACAACACAACUGCUGCAAUGCAGGAACUUGGCCGAGAAAACCAGUCAUUACAGAUCAAACACACACAAGCUCUCAACAGGAAGUGGGCAGAAGACAAUGAGGUACAGAAUUGUAUGGCCUGUGGAAAAGGCUUUUCGGUGACAGUGAGAAGGCAUCACUGUAGACAGUGUGGAAAUAUCUUUUGUGCCGAGUGCUCAGCAAAGAAUGCCUUAACUCCUUCUUCUAAGAAGCCUGUCCGAGUCUGUGAUACUUGCUUUAAUGACUUGCAAGGAUAACUGGCGAUUGUGAGUGACAAAGAAAAGUUACACUAAAAUUUGCUAUUUCUGUUGAUGCACUUCGUUCAGCACUCAGACUACUAUUCAGUUUGGACAAUGAUUGUAACACUUGGCAAAAUUUAGUAUAUUUUAAAAUGUUUAUUGAUACCAAGCAAAACUAUUGUAUUUUUUUGUGAGACAUGGGCUCAGAUCAUCCAUAGUUUAUUGCCAUUUAUCAUGGAAAGAGCUUUUAUGUCUAGAUUAGAAAUACCCAGUUAUUUGUAAAUAAAGUUUAAACAGAGGAGUAACAAUGUA